GGAUUUGCGGAGGCGUCGAUGUGGAUGGGCACAGUGUUAGGCCUAACGGCGGACGUUAUGACUUCGUACGCGUUACUCUUGCUGUGUGCCUGGGUUCCCUUCAGCCAAGCCCGUUAUGAACCAAACUGGAAGUCUCUGGACACGCGGCCGCUGCCUCCGUGGUACGACGAGGCCAAGAUCGGGAUCUUUCUGCACUGGGGUGUGUUUUCCGUGCCAAGCUACCUGACGGAAUGGUUCUGGAUGAAGUGGGUGAGCAAAGACCCGGCCGCCGUGAAGUUCAUGAAGGAUAACUACAGGCCAAACUUCACCUACCCCGAGUUUGCGUCCCAGUUCACGGCGGAGUUCUUUGACCCGGGGCAGUGGGCGGAUAUUUUCGCUGGAGCAGGAGCGCGUUACGUGGUCCUGACGAGCAAGCAUCACGAAGGGUACACAUUGUGGCCUUCGAAAGUGUCCUGGAACUGGAAUUCCAUGGACGUUGGACCGAAGAGAGAUCUAGUAGGUGACCUCGCUGACGCCAUAAGGGCCAAGACCGACAUUCACUUCGGCGUGUACCACUCCCUGUUGGAAUGGUUCAACCCGUUAUACCUACAAGACAAGGAAAACAAGUGGAAGACCCGUAUCUUCCCUCACGCAAAAACGAUGGUGGAACUACACGAGCUGGUGGAAAAGUACAAGCCAGACAUAGUGUGGUCGGAUGGCGAUUGGGAAGCAGUGGACACCUAUUGGAACAGCACUGGAUUCCUGGCUUGGCUAUACAACGACAGUCCCGUUCGUGAUAGGGUGGUCGUAAACGAUCGCUGGGGAAGCAACACUCCUUGCAAGCAUGGUGACUUUUACGACUGCAAAGACCGCUACGAUCCAGGAGUGCUACAAAAGCACAAGUGGGAAAGCUGCAUCACCAUCGAUAAGAAAUCUUGGGGUUAUCGCAGAGACGCUACUCUACAGGAGUACCUCACCAUUGAAGAGCUUCUCGAGGAAGUUGUCAAGACAAUCAGCUGCUAUGGUAACAUCCUCAUCAAUGUGGGUCCCACCAAAGACGGCCUCAUCGCUCCUGUGUUCCAAGAGAGGCUUUCGCAGCUGGGAUCGUGGCUGAAAGUGAAUGGAGAAGGACUCUACGCGUCAAAGCCUUGGAAGUACCAGAACGACAGCUAUACUCCCGGAGUCUGGUACACACAGAAGGAUGGCAAUGUAUAUGCUUACGUGCUUCAAUGGCCCAAGGGAAAUGUCCUGGCACUGGAAUCUCUACAACUGGAUGCUGGAUCUCGCGUGACUCUCCUAGGUUGCGACCAUUGUGACCUUGACUGGGCCAAGAGGCAAGAAGGAGGAGUGAUCGUCAAGUUCCCUGCGUUAACGCCUGACGCUAUGCCGUCGCAAUGGGCGUGGACUCUAAAGAUACAGGGAGCUGCAGACUAGGGCACAUUCCUUGUGACCUGCUGCUGUAAGUGGGGGGAUUUUAGCGGGGAAAGACUGUGGUUGCACACACGAGUAGCGUCUACGCUACACACCACAUUGUGUUUCAUCCAGAAAAGUCUAACGCUAUCCCGUCCGUAUAGAGUAAGACCGUAUCCGUAUAGAGUAAGACACCAUCUUAAAGAAGCCUCAAAGUGGACACACGAAAAGUACAACAUAACACAGAAAAAGUCAACACAGUCGUCCGCAGAACAUAGUGGAAGCACCAAAGCUAGUGGUAGUAUUUGUGGUGACGGUAGUGUCUAUGUGAGCUUGUGGAGUACCAGCACGAGGACAACAGGACCCCCCCCCCCCCAAGUCUGUUGUUUCUUCUGUUCGAGUCCCUUUUGUCCAAUGUGUGUGGGAACUAUUCGAACUGUGAUGGGCUACUGACAGUCGUGUGUGUUGUGUUGAUCCUCUUCGUAUGCCCAUGAGUGAAAGACGUGCUUUAACUUUUGAAAGGGGUGCUGCACAUACCGAAGAACAGCACCACUCCCCAUUUCUUCUGUUUUAACAUGGAUGUGCAAUGAGGGGCUCGGUUCUCUGUUGUACUGCAAAUGACGCUAGCACCAACUUCGUGCUCUUUAUUCACUGAGAGGCACCAUCGUUUCAUAAUAUUUACGUUAGGAACACGGAUAUAGUGGCCAACACUAGGUAGGUUUUCGAUGUAGAAAUUAGAUGUAGAUUCUCAAUAACACUAAAGUGUUUACAUUACAGUUGCGCAUUACAGUAUUACAUUACAUGUAUUACAGUCCGCUUUGAUUUGCCUUGAAAGUAACAACGUCUCAACGCAAAAGGUGUCUAACGACGCUUGAGAUGACAUCGGUGUAAGAACAUCGACAAUAAAAUAAAUACUUAUCAAAGAAUUUGAA